UCUACCUCUGCUAUAUCUACUGAGAAGAUAAAGACUACUUUCUGCAAUCAGACUGCAAUCCCAGAAAAUGUCCACAUCACUCUGGAGGGCCGCACAGCUAUUGUGAAGGGCCCCAGAGGCACCCUGCGGAGGGACUUCAAUAACAACAAUGUAGAACCCAGUCUCCUUGGAAAGAAAAGGAAGAGGCCUGUUGACAAAUGAUGGGGCAUUAGAAAGGCAAUGGCCACCUUUCCCACUAUCUGCAGUCACAUACAAAAUGUGAUAAAGGGUGCUACCCUGGGCUUUGGUUACAAGAUGGGGUCUAUGUACACUCACUUCCCCAUCAAUGUCGUUAUCCACAAGAAUGGUUCUCAUGUUGAAAUCAGAAAUUUCUUAGGGAAAAAAUAUAUCUGCAGGAUUUGGAUGAGGUCAGACAUUGCUUCAGUAGCUCAAGCCCAAAAAGUUGAGUUGAUUCUUGAAGGAAAUGAAGUUGAAUCAUAUUCAGCUGCUUUGAUACAGCAAGCCACAAUAGUUAAAAACAAGAAUAUCAAAAAAUCUUUGGAUGGUGUCUAUGUUUCUGAAAAAGGAACAGUUCAGCAGGUUGAUGAAUAAGAUCUAAGUUGUCCAGCUACAGAAACAGCAAAAUGCCAGAUGAUUCCUCACACUUGUUUG